UUUCGGAGAGUCGCGGCUUGUCUUGGCAAUCCACUUCACCUCGUAAACACCAGACGCGUUCAACUCCCCGGACCUCACGUCAAGGAAAUUGCUGCCAUGGCGCAAAACACAUUUGAAGAGACUCUGUCGCAUCUUACCCGGCUGAGCCAGAAGCCAGGCGUACAAAGCACUCUCAUACUCUCCCGCGAUACCGGUGCCAUUCUGCGGACGACCGGCUUGAUCUCCAAAAGCUCAUCCGCGAACCCAAACAGCACCUUGCCGGCCUCUGCCGAAACCUCGUCAGACUCGUACACUAAUGGCCGCAAGGAAGGCGGCUUGCAGAGCGCCGAAGACGUUGCAAGCAUGGUCUGGGCAUUCUUAGGCGCAGCGGGAAACCUAGUGGAGAAUCUGGACAGGGAGGACGAGGUGAAACUACUCACAUUGCGUAUGAGGAAAAACGAACUGGUCAUUCUGCCGGCUCCCAAGUUCAUCAUGGUGAUGAUACACGACACGCCGCCAGCAUAAGCGAAUCCAUCAACUAUUAUCAAAUACCGUAUAUUAACGACAAACCCUUUCCAACCUCUACUUCCUCUGCGGCGAUCCGAAGCAUGCCCACUCCUUCAUCGGCGGGCGAAAGCGUUCAAGUACCAAUUAGCCCCGCAAACACCCUGGCCGUCAAGUCCUGGUCGCAAGACUUCCUGUGGUCAGUUCUCUUCCGAGCAUCUGUGGGCCCAGCCUGCUGGUGCUUACUGUACUUGG